AUCUGAACACAUGUCGUUCGUGAUAUACUGUACUGUGUAUUUGGCAGAGCUGUGGAAAAUGGGUACGACAGAAAAGGACGUGACGCCAUCGGAUGCUGGUGGCAAAACUGAGACAAAGUCAGAGCGGGACUCUGAGAAAGGAAGCUGUUGUCUGCUGGCCGACAAAAUCCCGGCUCGGUACGUCUUGGCAGCCUUGUUUUUCGUUGGACACAUCUCAAUGACGAUAUCCAGGGGCGGAUUCGCUUUAGCCGUUGUUGUCAUGGUGAACAGUUCAUCAAGAGUGACACCUGUCAAUCAAACUAACACCUAUCAGCUCUGUCCGAGCAGUGGGCCAGGAAAUGCAUCCACUCAGAACGAUCAAGGGGAACUGGACUGGAGUGAGAGCAUAAAGGGAGUCAUACUUGGCGCCUUCUUUUAUGGCUACAUCUUCACACAGGUUGUAGGUGGUUUGUUGGAACAGAAGUUUGGCUGCAAGAUUGUGUACGGAACGAGCACUUUGUUAGGAACAGUCCUGAGCGUUCUCAGUCCCGUAGCAUCACGGACGAGUCCUUGGGCGAUCUUUGCGGUCAGAUUUUGCAUGGGGUUGGUGUCGGGAGUUCUGUUCCCCUGCCUGUACGGAAUCUGGGGCCGAUGGGCUCCUCCUACCGAAAGGACAAAACUGCUGGCAAUUUGCUACAUAGGGUUGCCUCUUGGUAACAUCAUCAACUACCCACUGUCGUCCUUCCUGGCUGCCCAGUUGGGCUGGGAGUAUAUCUUCUAUAUUCCUGGAGCUUCCGCAGCAGUCUGGCUGGUGUUAUGGUUUCUCCUGGGCUACGACUCGCCUGCGCAACAUCCACGGAUCUUAGAGGAAGAAAAGAAGUACAUAGAAGAGGGUAUCGGGACAAAUAAACGACAGAAACCAAAAGUUCCUUGGCUGAAAGUUCUCACAUCGCCUCCAGUUUGGGCACUCGUCAUGGGACAGUUCAGUUCGAACUGGGGAGUCUUCUUUCUGACUACCCAACUGCCGAACUACAUGCAGAAUGUGUUGGGAUUCAACAUCCAAACCAACGGCUUGCUGUCUGCUCUUCCGUUCGCCGUUGCCAUGGUCUGCAUGUUUGCGUCAAGUGCUGCAGCUGACCGCUUGAUUCAAGGCGGGAAAAUCCCCAAGGUGUGGAUAAGAAGGGGAUUCGUUAUCACAGGGUAUACCGGCAUGGUGAUCUGCGGAGUGAUCCUGGCGAACCUGAGUGGAUGUAACCCUGCCGCCGCUGUCUCCCUGCUGUGUAUCACUCAGGGUUUUAACAGCCUGACUGUGGCGGGAUUCCGUGCUGUCCAUGUUGAAUUCGCGCCCAGGUUCAGCGGAGUGACCUUCGCUCUGGCCAACACGGGAGGAACAGUGUCUGGCAUCUUCGCUCCGCUGCUGGUCGGAUUGAUCACAGAUAAUUAUCCAACCCCUGCCGCCUGGUCCACAAUCUUCUACAUAGGAGCGGCCAUUCAGGGUGUGGGAGGGAUUUUCACCGCGGUGUUCUUGCGCACUGACGUCCAGCCCUGGGCUCGGGGAGAGGGAGACAAAGGAUCCUUUGAUAAGAAUGUCGAGCUGGCCGGCUCGAAGGACCUCGUCAUCGCGAAUGAACACGCCGAGAUGCCGACGAAGGUUGUGGAGAUGCAAAACACGAAAUUAUGAGAAGACUUGCCGUGAUUCUGCAUACUGAGGGGCAAUCACAUUAAGAAGUUGUGUUGGAUAAAUAUAGGACUAGCUCGUGAUUUUAUGUACUAUAACUGCCUAUGCUGUCCGCUGACUAUUACAAAAUACUUAACAUUUACAAUUCCAACAACAAUAAAGACAUCGUCCUCAAGAUGCAAAGAAAUAUUAUCUCUUCUAAUAAGUAAGUUAUAUGAUACCUUUUUAGAUACGUGUCAUAUGUACUGGAAUGUACGGGUAGCUUUAUUAACUUUUGCCAUGUAUUGUUAUACAGGCAUUAGUUUCAAUGGUUUAACUAUGGGUUGAGCCAUGCCUGUAGUAGUGUUGUCCUUCCUGUGAGGGUUUGUACUCACCCCUUAACUUGUUUGUUGUUCCAUAAAAUAGGGGCACAAAUUAUUUAACUAUUUUAUAACUAUUUUCUAUGGUGGUCUAUUAGACAAAGAAAAAAAUGUGCUUCUUCUUACGGCGAGGACAAACAAGGAUUACCAUUAUUCAAUUGCAAUCUUACGUUUGCUAGAAGGAUGACGAAAUCUAUGUUGCAUGUUUAUGUCAGAAGUGUAUCAUAUCUGUGGCAAAUAUCUACCGCGGCACAUGUCAAACCUCUCAGGUUACCACUUGAGUUUUACAUCAAGCUUGUUUGACAGCCAUUGUUACAGCCAGCCAAACAUUUAAUACAUACUACAUGUGUGUACCCUCCCGGUAUAACGCAAGUUAAAAGUAGCUAAAGUCUUGAUCUACUUGUAAUGGUCCGAAGGUGAGAGUAUUAUGCCUGGUCAUUCUACGCACAUGCAAUGUUUGAUCCAAAGCAGUGAUAGCACAAUGAAGUCACAUGAUUCGUUAGUCGGUGCCUGGUAUAAACCUGCACGUUACGUUAAAGGUCUAACAUCUCGGCCUGUCAAAACGCCAGUACCAGUGAUGCCAGGCUCAAGAUGCAAAGAAAUAUUGUCUCUUCUAAUAAGUAAGUUAUAUGGUACCUGUUUAGAUACGUGUCAUAUGUACUGGAAUGUACGGGUAGCUUUAGUUACUUUUGCCAUGUAUUGUUAUACAGGCAUUAGUUUCAAUGGU